UAACGGCCGUCCGGGAAUUCACCCUCCAGUCGGUUGUUAGCGCGGAGCUAACCGGACCGUCUUCGACAGACCCCGCCUCCCUUAAUUUGUCAACAAAGGGGUUUGACAAGCUCGGAGAGGCCCCGCCCCCAUGUUCCCAUAAAAGGAUGCUUUGGCCAUACACGGCCGACGAUCCAGCCGCGGGUCACCUCUUCCCUUCCCCGUCCCGUUCAUAUGGUGCGUUGACUUCUUCCGUCGCCGUUAAAGCGGAGCUAUCAUGGCGGAGCGCGUACAGCAGCCCCCGGCCAAGCGGCUCUGCUGUAGACCGGGCUACGGAGCAACAUGUAGGCAAGGCCAGCGGGCCGCGGGGGCGCCGUGUGGCGGCUCGGCUGCCACCCAGGGUGAAUCGAGCCGAACCCAGAGCCCGGAGUCGCUCCUGGACAUCGCGGCGAGGAAAGUCGCGGAGAAGUGGCCGUUUCAACGGGUAGAGGAGCGCUUCGAGAGGAUCCCGGAGCCCGUCCAGAGGCGGAUCGUCUACUGGUCUUUCCCGAGGAGCGAACGGGAAAUCUGUAUGUACUCUUCGUUCAACACCGGCGGUGAGGAGCUCGGGAGUAGCGGGGAGAGCGGUGACGAGACGCGGCUGCCUUUCCGACGGGGCAUCGCUCUGCUAGAGAGCGGCUGCGUGGACAACGUACUGCAAGUCGGUUUUCACCUGAGCGGCACCGUAAGAGAACCUGCCACGUCCUCCGAACCGGAACUGCUCUGCAACGUGAGCGUCAGCUUUGACCGCUGCAAAAUCACCGCAGUAACUUGCAGCUGCGGCAACAAGGACAUUUUUUACUGCGCCCAUGUCGUGGCACUCUCACUGUACCGAGUACGGAAGCCUGAACAGGUCAAACUACGCCUGCCCAUCUCAGAGACUCUUUUCCAAAUGAACAGAGAUCAGCUGCAGAAGUUCGUUCAAUACCUGAUCACGGUGCAUCACACUGAGGUGCUGCCGACGGCGCAAAAGCUAGCGGAUGAAAUACUAUCGCAGAACUCCGAGAUCAACCAGGUUCACGGAGCUCCGGAUCCGACGGCGGGGGCGAGUGUGGACGAUGAGAACUGUUGGCAUCUGGACGAAGAGCAAGUCCAGGAACAGGUCAAGCUCUUUCUCUCCCAGGGCGGGUACCAUGGCUCGGGAAAGCAGCUCAACUUACUGUUCAGCAAGGUGAGAGAGAUGCUGAAGAUGAGGGACUCCAACGGCGCUCGCAUGUUAACGCUGAUCACAGAGCAGUUCAUGGGCGACCCCAGACUGGCGCUGUGGAGGCAACAGGGGACCGCCAUGACUGACAAGUACAGGCAGCUGUGGGAUGAACUAGGGGCUCUGUGGAUGUGCAUCGUGCUGAACCCCCACUGUAAACCUGAGCAGAAGGGCUUCUGGCUCCGGCAGCUUCGCAGGUGGAACGGCGUGGACGUCUGUCCCUUGGAGGACGGUAACCAUGGCAGCGAGCUGACCAAUCUGACCAACGCUCUGCCCCAGGGCCCUCCCGGCAACCCAGAUUCUCUGACUCGGCCUCACCGGACGGUUUUCACACGAGCCAUUGAGGCCUGCGAUCUGCACUGGCUGGACCCCCACCUGCAGCGCAUCAUCACCGAGGACCACUACACCAACUAUUGUUACCACGACAACCUCGACAGCUCCCUGUUCGACGCCAAAGGGUGGCCCCUGUGGCAUGAGCACGUCCCCACGGCGUGCGCCCGGGUGGACGCCCUGAGAUCACAUGGUUACCCCAAGGAAGCACUUAGGCUGGCCAUCGCCAUCGUCAACACGCUGCGGAGGCAACAGCAGAAACAGCUGGAGCUCUUCCGUGCCCAUAAAAAAGAGCUGCUGCACAGAGGAAUAACAUCAGUCACCAACCUGGAGGGCUGGGUGGGCCACCCUCUGGACCCUAUCGGCACUCUAUUCAGCACCCUCUUGGAGACGAGGAGUGGCAGCGAGGAAGCAGCUCUGCUCGACUUCACAGGCUUGCCGGGUUCAGGCAGGAGGACGGAGCAUCCUGUUCGUCCUGCGCAGCGCUUCCUGGAGGAUGGCGAGUCGUUUGUGUCGCUGGCUGUGGAGACGGCUCUGAUUGGUUUAGGUCAGCAGAGGGUGAUGCCAGACGGCCUCUACGCCCAGGAGAAGGUGUGUCGCAACGAAGAGCAGCUGCUGGCCAAGCUUCAGGAGGUCGACUUAGAUGACACGUUGGUGAAGAUCUUCCGGAAGCAAGCCGUGUUCCUGCUAGAGGCUGGUCCUUACAGUGGCCUGGGGGAAAUCCUCUACAGAGAAAGUGUCCCCAUGCACACUUUUGCCAAGUAUCUCUUCACCUCCCUGCUACCUCAUGACGCCGAGCUGGCGUACAGAAUUGCACUGAGGGCCAUGAGGUUGCCGGUGCUGGAGUCCACGGCCCCCUCCGGUGACUUGUCUCGGCCUCACCACAUUGUGUCGGUGGUGCCCAACCGCUACCCUCGCUGGUUCACUCUGAGCCACAUCGAGACACAACAGUGUGAACUUGCCUCCACCAUGCUCACUGCUGCUAAAGGUGAUGCUCGUAAGCUGGAAACUGUGUUAGAGUCCAUCCAGAAGAACAUCCACUCCUCCUCCCACAUCUUCAAACUGGCCCAGGAUGCCUUCAAAAUUGCCACUCUCAUGGACAGCCUGCCGGACAUCACGCUGCUUAAGGUCUCCCUGGAGCUGGGCCUUCAGGUGAUGAGAAUGACCCUGUCCACGCUGAACUGGCGGCGGAGAGAGAUGGUGCGCUGGCUCGUCACCUGCGCUACUGAAGUUGGUGUGUUUGCACUGGACAGCAUCAUGCAGAGCUGGUUCACCCUCUUCACCCCGACUGAAGCGACCAGUGUGGUGGCGAGCACAGUCAUGUCCAACAGCACCAUCGUCCGCCUGCACCUGGACUGCCACCAGCAGGAGAACCUGGCUAACUCGGCCCGCACCUUGGCCCUGCAGUGUGCCAUGAAGGACCCCCAGAACUGUGCCCUGUCGGCUCUGACGCUCUGCGAGAAGGACCACAUUGCCUUCGAAACAGCCUAUCAGAUUGUAUUGGACGCGGCCGCCACAGGAAUGAACUACACACAGCUCUUUACAAUAGCACGCUACAUGGAGCACCGUGGUUAUCCUAUGAGGGCCUACAAGCUAGCAACGUUAGCCAUGACUCACCUGAACCUCAGCUACAACCAAGACACACACCCGGCCAUCAAUGACGUGCUCUGGGCGUGCGCGCUCAGCCACUCUCUGGGGAAAAACGAACUGGCGGCUGUCAUUCCCCUGGUGGUGAAAAGUGUGAAGUGCGCCACCGUCUUGUCAGACAUUUUGCGGCGGUGCACACUAACGACGCCGGGCAUGGUGGCGCUGCACAGUCGCAGGAACUCUGGGAAACUGAUGUCUCUGGACAAAGCUCCACUCAGGCAGCUACUGGACGCCACGAUCGGGGCCUACAUCAACACGACGCACUCCAGGCUGACGCACAUCAGCCCGCGUCACUACAGCGAAUUCAUCGAGUUCCUCAGUAAAGCCCGAGAGACGUUCCUCAUGGCGCACGACGGACACAUCCAGUUCACACAGUUCAUAGACAACCUGAAACAAAUCUACAAGGGCAAGAAGAAGCUCAUGAUGCUCGUUAGAGAGAGAUUUGGUUGAAAGGGGAUCAUGGGUCCAAAUCGCCUUUUUUUUUUUUUUUUUUUUUUUUUUUACUUUAGUCUCCUUUUUUAUCCUUUCUAACUUGAAGUGAAGAUCAACUUAAAACAACAUCCAUGUGAAUCUUAUUCCUGUGAUUUGGGACUGAUGAUGAAGAACAGAGUUUCCUAAAGGCAGAUAAUUAAAUGAAAGGUCUGUGAUGUGAAAGCAUACCAAGCAUGAGCCCAGACAGAUUCUAGUGUUGGACAGCCCAAACUGAAAGUAUGAAACAUGUUCAAGUAAACUUUCUCCUAAAGUUGACAAGUUUGAAAUUGGAAAAAAAAGACUGUAAACCACAAAGGCAACACCUGGGGCCAGAUGUGUCAAACUGUGUGUGGAUGGAGACUAAAACAGAGUGUAUGCACGUUUUUUUUUGGCAGAUUUUUGAAGCUGUGUACCAUGAAUGGGCAUAAAAAAGCCUGACUCCCUUGGUUACUAUCAAUAAGUCAAGGGAAGCUCCAACUGUAGCCACAGCCGCUAACAGCUAACAGCUUUAGCAAAUACUGUUGAUGUGACUGCGUCUGAAUACUCGACUUUCAGUACUUCUGUUUGUUAGCGUGGUUGAAACGCUCCCACCAGGUUUGAUGUUGAAUCUUCCACCAGAUUAGACGGGAGUUCAGUAAGAGCUUCACACCUGGAUGUGAAACUAGAACCACAGUCAUGAUCACAACAGCAGCCCAUAUCUGUAUCUGCUAGUCAUGACAAUUAGCCUCCACUAUAACUCUGCAAUGGCGAACAGUACAUUUCAGUCUGCAACAGAUGAUUAUUUUGAUUGAUCACAAUCGUGUCAAGAGAAAAUGGUAAAAAACAGCAGAGCGACAUACCCAAAUGGCUUUCUUUGUCCAGUAACAGUCCAAAACCACAGAGUGUGACGUUUAGGACACUAAUUCUCUCACUUAAGGCUUUAAACUAGCUAGUGUUCCAUAUUUGCAGUUAAAUCAAUAUUUGAUUAUUGAAAUAGUUGCAGAUUAAUUUUCUGUUAUCAACCAAUAAAUCAAUUAACUGUUGCAACUCUACUUCCGCUAAUGUUACUUUGGGUUGCAUUAUGACUGAGGCUGUGUCCUCACUGAUACUGAUCAUUUUGAGAAAAUGAAGUUUGUAAAUCCUUCUUUGACGAUAAAAAAAAUCUGCAAAAAUAAGAAUCAGUGCAAAACAGCUACUAUUUUGGCAAUUAAGUCAAUAUUCAGAUGGGGGGAAAAAAAGGUCAGAAAUUCAGUUUUUAGCUCGUUGAAUGUGAAAAUUUCAGUGAAAAUAGUACACUGAAGUGGAUUUCUUAUCUUCUAUAAAGCCUUUUUUGCUGUUUUCUGAUGUCUGAAAGACCAAACGACUGACUGAUGAUGCCAGAUUGAUCAGCGGGGACAGUAAUAGUUUGUGGUAGCUCUGAAAAUGUGUUUUACUUUAGGAUUAUGUGUCACCUUAUGUUUAAUCUGCUCAUCAUUUCAGCCACAUUGUGUGUCUCCUGGUCUAGUUUCUUACACAGAUCAUUCUACACAUCUGGCCCCACGGGUGUUGAUGUGUGUAAACGGUAAAGCUCGCAGAAGGAGAGGGCCAUCAGUUUGUGAAUGUUUGUGUGUUUUUUCCCUUUACAUGUAUGACAGUGAGAGAGUUUUACACUGACUGUAUCCUGUAUUGUCCAGUGGCAAAAUGUCUACCUUGCACUCCUCUUACUUCCCUCAGCUCACAGCCUCAAAGAGAAGUCAAACGGCUUUAAACCAAAUGGAGCAACUCCAUCCGAAGUGACGAGUACCUCUUUCUAAGGAUCCAGCUUUACUCCCCCCACACAGGCCUCCUCGCCCAUCUGCUCGAGAGAAAAACUCCAAAUCCGCCAUCAGAAUUCAUUUUGCUGGGUUAUUUUCUGCCAUCUUCAGGCUGAUUGCUUUGGCUUUGCAGUGUUGUCUCAAAACGUUCAGUAUGCUCAUUUUACGAAGACAAACUGUCAGCGCUCGCUCUUGUGGAAACUUGGCAACUGUCAACAUACGUUCUCAGGGAUUUCUCUUAAAAAAAAAACCGCUGACGAAAAAGAAGAAAAAAGAGAACAAAAGCAUUUUAUUGUCCUGUAUAUAUGAAAGUAUAUGUCUGAAUAUUGAAAAAAAUGUAUAUGUUAACUAAUUUAUGACAGAAUAUUCUAUGUAAGGCACAAUACUUGAAGCUGCAGUACUUUUGGUUUUUGAAACAAACAUGAAAAAAACAUAUCAGUAGGACUUCAAAAAUGUUCGCCUUGCAUUGCACCCGGGGCCGGUUUGAACGCUAACACACUGCAGACGUGAUGAACUGCAGAGACGGCCGGCUGUACGACAGAAGUGGACACACAAACGCAGAAGUGUAUUGAGAGACGGCUGUGGAGGCGAAGCAGCAGCGACGUGCAGCUGCUGCAGAAACCGGCCUUCACAUCAGCGUCUGCAGCGACUCGCUCCCAAACUGAAGCUGGUUCACGUCCAUGCCUCUUCUUCUCACAUCUCGACUUUGUGCAGGACAGAAAGUUGCUCUAAACUGUAGGUCUUGACUGUUUUUUUUUUUUUUUAAACGCGAUUUUGUGUUUUUGAUUUCUCUUCCUCUUCAACUGAUUUAAUUUCUCUCUAGAAUUCCUCACACGAGAACAGCCUUCUUUCUUGCCUUGUCUUAAUGCUUUAAAAUAACCAAAUGGGAGUUCUAACUACCAAACUCUUUUCAUACGCCAACUGACUUUGGUUACAGCCUUUUAGUGUCUUUAAUUUGUAGCUGGACUGGCUCUGUAUUCUGUGCUUUAAAAGCUCAUCUCAUGUGUUCUUCAGUGUCGUCUUUUUGAGGUCUGUUAGUAGCUCCUUUGUUUAGAAACAAAUGAUGCUCCCUUUUAUUUAUUACAUUAGGUGAAUGAUUGUACAACCAUGUCGACAUGCUCAUGAAGUUGAAACUAAGAUUUGAUACACUGAUCGAUUUAUUUAUGUAACUAAAUCACUGUUUUAUAAACUUGUUAAUGAAUCAACACUUUGUUUUUGAGUAAAUUAGUUUUUUGAGAGGA